UAUGGCGAGCAGGUCAUGGAGAAGGUGCUCAAGAUGGCUGAGGGCAUUGAUGUCGGGGAGAUGAGGUCGUAUGAGUUGGUCCCUGGCAGGAACCUGAAAAGAUGUCGCUCUCCAUUGGACAGCCCAGAACUGGAAGAUACUCCUGAGCCCCCCAAAAAGGUGGUCCCCAGGUUCCGAGUGCGACCACGCUUUGAGCCCAUACACUUUGUCACCAGUGCGGAGAAGGGUGGCAAGAAGGACAGUUCUCUGGAUAGCCAAACGCAGGAGGCCAACCAGGAGGCAAAUACGAACAGCAUGGCACAGCCAGCUGAAAACUGUACCAGUGCACGGGAGGUGGAUCCCCAGCUCUCCAGCACAGCUGGGCUCAGCUCUGCAAGCCACGCAGCAGCAGCAGCCAGGAGGGCUGUGAACAGUGUGGACUCAAGCACGAGCAGUGCAUUGCAGGUUUCUGCUUCCCCUUCCACUGCCCAGUCUGCAUCAGAGACUUUCCCUCCAUCAGCAAUAAUGCUGAAGCAGAGCUUUAUGGAGAAACUGUCAGCAGCUGUCUGGAAGAAUCUUGCUAACCCAGAUGCAAACACUGGGACUGAUAAAAUUAACUUCACAUAUCUUUUAACACGUUCAAUUCAGGCAUGCAAGACGAAUCCUGAAUAUAUUUAUGUCCCUCUGAAAGAAAUCGCCCCCGCUGACCUCCCCAAGAGCAAGAAGCUCCUGACAGAUGGCUUUGCCUGUGAGGUGCGAUGUCAGAAUGUCUACCUGGCCACGGGGUACGCGGGCAGCAAGAACGGGUCGCGGGAUCGAGCCGCGGAGCUGGCGGUGAAGCUGCUGAAGAAGUCUGUGGAGGUCAGAGUCGUUCAGCGCAAGUUCAAGCACACCUAUCACGAGGACUUGGUGGUGUGUGAGGCAGGUGUGUGUCGCCCGGAGUUCCCUCCCGCUCUCAAACCUCACGAGGAGUUUGUAGUUGCCAACAGGGACUGUGUCCCGAUGCAGCCUGGUACUGAAUCCACGAAAGGUUCUGCUAAUGCCAACAAACCCUGGACUAGUUUUGUCCUCACAGAGAAUGCCAGCGAUGCUAUAGGAAUCCUUAACAAUUCUGCCUCAUAUAACAAAAUGUCUGUCGAGUACAAGUAUGAAUUGAUGCCCAACCGCUUGUGGCGUUGUCAGGUGUAUCUCCAGGAUCACUGCCUGGCCGAGGGGUUUGGCACAAAAAAGACCAGCAAGCAUGCAGCAGCUGAGGAGGCACUGAAAAUCCUGCAGAAGAUGCAGUCCAAUAUAGCAUCCAUCAAAGUGACCCAGGUGCAGAAAGUGGGCUGCUCGUCACGGGGCUCCGGGAGGAAGAAGGACCUGAAGGACCUGGUGGUGUAUGAGAACUCCAGUAACCCGGUGUGUACGCUGAACGACACUGCCCAGUUCAACAAGAUGACGGUGGAGUACGUCUUUGAGAGGAUGACAGGCAUGCGAUGGAAGUGCAAGGUGAUGCUGGAGGAUGAAUUCAUCGCAGAGGCAGUUGGAGUGAAGAAAUCUGUCAAGCAUGAGGCAGCAGAGGAAGCCGUGAAGAUCCUCAAAAAGACUCAGCCAACUGUCGUUAAUAACCUGAAGAAAGGCACCGUCGAAGACGUCAUCUCCAGGAACGAGAUUCGGGGUCGGUCAGCUGAAGAGGCUUUCAAACAGAAGAUCAAAGAAGACAACAUUGGGAACCAAAUUUUAAGAAAGAUGGGCUGGACAGGCGGUGGCCUGGGGAAAGAUGGUGAAGGAAUUAGAGAGCCUAUUUCGGUGAAGGAGCAGUUCAAAAGGGAAGGACUUGGGCUGGAUGUAGAAAGGGUGAACAGAAUCGCUAAGAGAGAUAUCGAGGAGAUCAUUCGAAACUAUGCACGCUCAGAUAGUCACAUUGACUUGACUUUCUCUAGAGAACUGACUAUGGAUGAGCGGAAGCAGAUACAUCAGAUUGCCCAAAAAUAUGGUCUUAAAAGUAAAUCCCAUGGGCAGGGACACAACAGAUACUUGGUGGUGAGCAGGAAGCGGCGCAAGGAGGAUCUGUUAGACCAGCUGAAGCAGGAAGGCCAAGUGGGGCAUUACGAGCUCAUCAUGCCCCAGGCAAACUGAGGUGAGGUGUCCCCUUUGAGCAGAGACUGAGCUUCCUGGACACUCGACUAAAGAAAGAGAUGCUGCAUUUUUCUUGUUGUGGGUAAUAAUAACAAUGUUAAAGUCUUUUACUUUGGCAAUAUCAUUUCUAAAAUGUUAUUAGGCAUUUAGGACCGACCGAGUUCUGUUCAAGUACAUUAGCACAACCCCAAAGCAAGUAUGCUGUUACUGUAUGUGUCUUUGAUAUUACUUGUUCCUUCACAUUUUAUUAGUUUUGUAAUAGCAAACACACAUGUCCAACGAGAAGGAAUUUGACGUCAUUUAAAAUUAUACUUCCCUUAUUCUUCUUGAACAAGGAAGGGGGAAAAAAAAGCCUUUUUUUUUUAAAAAAAAAAGUAAUUAAAACUAAAAAAGCAAAUGAAAUGCAGUCUGGGGGCAUAAACCUGUAUGUAAAGUGGGUAUGAAUUGCCAUAAAAAUAAAGUUUUAUUUCUG